CGUCUCGUGUCGCUUCGUGUCGACGCUUUGGGCUGCAACUUUGGUCGGACCAACCAAACAAACCAAACAAACCGAGCAAACCGAACCAAACAAUUCAAACAAGCGGAAGAAACCGUCGGAAGGCAAAGCCGUUAAAUAACGCGACGCUUGUAAUAUUUUUUUCGGUGUGCCACCCAGUUUGUUGUUUUUUUUUUUUUCUUAAAGCAAACUUUUAAUUGUGUCCCGGCCGUUUGUUUUCUUUUGUCGCGGAAAAUGCGCGCGCGCAUUUAAGAGGUGAAACAGCAAUCGUUUUUUAAAGGAAAACUUAAUUCGCAGCUGGUCCAAAAAACAUCUAUGCAUCUUGAACCUGCAACAACAUCAACAACAACAGAUACAGAUACAGAACAAGGAACCGAAAAAGUCAACUUGCAACGCAAUCUUUGUUGCUUUUUGGCCCCUGAACUUGGCGGCCCCAAUCCCUUUGGCAGGCGUCGGAAGGCGGAGCCGCUCGGCAGCGGCUGCUGCGGCGGCGCCACCACAUGGACCAUGCCGUGAAGGCGACUCGCGGCCGCCCGCUCAACACGCUGCGCUUCGAGAACGACGAGCUGGAAUGCCUCUACCAGCGGUACACGCUCAAGCUGCAGCGCUUCUCGGUGCUGGGCGUGGUGGCCCUCGUCUUCGUCCUUUGCGGCGUAAUGGCGGCCCUGUCGCUGGCCUUCAAUAAUGCGGCCACCUUUCACAACAUCUUCAAUGCGAUCGUGUGCGGCCUGUUCGCGGUGGUGCUGGUGCUGCUGCAGUGCUCCGUGAUCAAGGACCACCACCUGCCCACGUUGUGCUACGGGAUCCUGCUCUUCACGGCCAGCAUCUGCGUGGUGUCGAUGCCCACGCUGGGCAGCGUGUUCCCGGUGGACACCAAGGAGGUGAUGGCCGAGGGUGUCUGGCAGAUCGUGUUCGUGGUCUUCCUCGCCUACGCCAUGAUGCCGCUGCAGAUCUGGGAGGCGGUGGCCUUUGGCAUCGCACUGCCCUCGGUGCACAUCAGCCUGACGGUCUACAAGAUAAUCACGGAUGCGCUGCGCUACUUGGAGUACAACCAGCUGAUCGCCAACAUAGUCAUCUUCAUUGGCGUCAAUGUCGCCGGUCUGGUGGUGAACAUCAUGAUGGAGCGCGCUCAGCGACGCACUUUCCUCGAUACGCGCAACUGCAUCGCCUCGCGGCUGGAGAUCCAGGAUGAGAACGAGAAGCUGGAGCGUCUGUUGCUGUCGGUUCUCCCGCAGCACGUGGCCAUGCAGAUGAAGAACGACAUCCUGUCGCCGGUGGCCGGCCAGUUCCACCGCAUCUACAUCCAGAAGCACGAGAACGUCAGCAUCCUGUUCGCGGACAUCGUCGGCUUCACGGUCCUCUCCUCGCAGUGUAGCGCCCAGGAGCUGGUCCGCCUGCUCAACGAGCUCUUUGGACGCUUCGACCAACUGGCCCACGACAACCACUGUUUGCGGAUAAAAAUCCUGGGCGACUGUUAUUAUUGUGUUUCCGGAUUGCCAGAACCGCGAAAGGAUCACGCCAAAUGUGCUGUGGAAAUGGGACUCGAUAUGAUCGAUGCCAUUGCCACCGUGGUGGAGGCCACCGACGUCAUCCUGAACAUGCGCGUGGGCAUCCACACGGGCCGGGUGUUGUGCGGUGUGCUGGGCCUCCGCAAGUGGCAGUUCGACGUGUGGUCCAACGAUGUGACCCUGGCCAACCACAUGGAGUCGGGCGGGGAGCCCGGCCGGGUGCACGUCACCCGCGCUACCCUGGACUCCCUCUCCGGCGAAUACGAGGUGGAGGCUGGCCACGGCGACGAACGCUCCUCGUAUCUGCGCGACCACGGCGUGGACACGUUCUUCAUCGUGCCGCCGCCACAUCGCCGCAAGCCACUGAUGCUCAACACGCUGGGCGUGCGAUCGGCGAUCGGCAGUCGACGGAAGCUCUCGUUCCGGAAUGUGUCCAAUGUGGUCAUGCAGCUGCUGCACACGAUCAAGUUCUCCGAGCCGGUGCCGUUCUCCAACAUAGCCACCGGAUCCUUUCCAUCGGCGGCCAGCGCCCUGGGCGGCGGCGUCGGGGGCGGAGUGGGCCUCGGUGGGGGCGUGGCACGGGGAAGCACCUGCGAGGCGAACGCUGGCAGUGUUCAGGUGUCCGAGAAGGGAUCGCGCAAGGAUGCGGUGAUACGUCUGCAAAAGAUCUUGCAUGCAACACCGCCACCGCAUGGCAUGAACUAUGGCAGCGUCGUCGGAAGUGGCGGCGGUGGUGGUGGCGGUGGUGACGGUAAUGGCGGUGGCGGUGUUUCCGGUGGCGGUGGCGGCAUUUCCGGCAUUGCCGGUGCCGCAAGUGGGGGCAGUGUUCAAGUGACCGUAGGCACAAAUCCCAACUCUACAGCGAGUACGAUUAGUCGCAUUCAUAGGCACAAUCACAAGAACAAUAAAUCGCAGUCGAAGGUGGCGGACAAGUUCAAGCGGCCGUUCCGAAAGCGGCAUUCGGUGGCCGCCCAUCAUCAGCCCACCAACCGGGUGAACAGAUUCCUCUCGCAGGCGAUCAAUGCCCGGUCGGUGGACUGCGACAAGUCGGAGCAUGUGGACCGGCUGACCCUGCGCUUCCGGCAGAGCGACAUGGAGCGGGAGUACCACAAGGACUUCGAUCUGGGCUUCACCACGGCAAUGGGCUGCUCCCUGCUGCUGCUCAUCCUGGGGGCGGCCCUUCAGGUGACCGCCCUGCCGCGUACCCUCAUCCUGCUGCUGCUCUUCCUCACCGCCUUCAUCUGGGUCAGCGCCAUCCUGAUGCUCCUGCUCGCCGUGCGCCUCAAGUGGAUCAUCUGGGACAUCUCGGAGAGCUUCUCGCUGCGCAUGGCCAUAACGAUUUUCACCGUCAUUCUCAUCUACUCCGUGGGACAAGUGAAUGUGUUCACGUGCGUCUCGGACCAUCCCUGCUCGGGAAAUGGGACCGCCUCCUACCAGAGCGACUCCCAUCGCAAGUGCUCGCUGCCCCAGUACGUGUCCCUGUCGGCUGCCUUUGCCUUCCUAUCCGUGUCCGUGUUCCUUAGGCUACCCAUAAUAUUCAAAUCGCUGCUGGUGCUCGGCAUGGGCACCAUCUACGGAUUGUUCAUUGAACUGUCCCAUCAGAACAUCUUCGAGUGCUACGACAACCGGGUCAACGCCUCGAUUCCACUUCACUUGAUCUCGCUGGCCCGCAUCGCCAUCUUCAUGAUUGCCAUUCUGGUGCACGGACGCCUGGUGGAGGGCACUGCCCGCCUGGACUUCCUCUGGCAGCUGCAGGCCUCCCAGGAGAAGAAGGAGAUGGACGUGCUGCAGGAGUCCAACAAGCGUAUUCUGCACAAUUUGCUGCCCGCUCAUGUGGCUGCACAUUUCCUCGAUGCACAAUUCCGCAACAAUAUGGAGCUUUACCAUCAGAGCUAUGCCAAGGUGGGCGUCAUCUUCGCCAGCGUGCCCAACUUCAAUGAGUUCUACACGGAGAUGGAUGGCUCCGAUCAGGGCCUCGAGUGCCUCCGGCUGCUGAACGAGAUCAUCGCGGACUUUGACGAGCUGCUCAAGGAGGACCGCUUCCGGGGCAUCGACAAGAUCAAGACCGUGGGCAGCACCUAUAUGGCCGUCGUGGGCCUCAUUCCCGAGUACAAGAUCCAGCCCAACGAUCCCAAUUCGGUGCGUCGCCACAUGACUGCGCUCAUCGAAUAUGUCAAGGCCAUGCGGCACUCGCUGCAGGAGAUCAAUAGCCAUUCGUACAACAACUUUAUGCUGCGAGUGGGUAUCAACAUUGGACCCGUUGUGGCGGGCGUAAUCGGAGCCCGGAAGCCGCAGUACGACAUCUGGGGCAACACGGUGAACGUGGCCAGUCGCAUGGACUCCACCGGAGUGCCUGGCUACUCGCAGGUGACCCAGGAGGUGGUCGACAGUCUGGUGGGCUCGCACUUUGAGUUCCGAUGUCGCGGCACCAUCAAGGUGAAGGGCAAGGGCGACAUGGUGACCUAUUUCUUGUGCGACAGUGGCAACAAGUCGCUCAACGGCGAGGUGCGCAACGCCAUGUCGCUGCCGCAGAGUCUCCAUGCGCCGGACUACUACAUGAAGGUGUCGCAGUUCCCGGAGAACCGCGUCAACACCGACACCUACAGCAAGAAGGAGAAUGGCCAUCUGUACGCCACUGGCACCGGUGGCGAGGAGCAGCAGCUACUGCUGCAGCAUCAGCACAAGCAACACGAUCCGUUGCCGCUUCCGGCGCCCCCGCCUCCGGUGGUGCAUCACCAUCUGCAUCAGCAGCAGCAGCAACGCUUGAACAGCAAACUCCAGAAGCAGCCGAUCUUCAUGGCCAACGGUGGACUGCCCAAUAUUCGGGAGAAUGGCAAUGGCCACAAUGGUCACAAUGGUCACAAUGGUCACAAUGGUCACAAUGGACACAAUGGCGAUCAGCAGCAGCAACAGCAGCAGCAGCACGGUGGCUUCACAACGACACCGACGGCUGCAGUGGCGGUUCCCCUCCAGCAACUCCAGCCCCAGCACCACCAACUCCAGUUCCAGAGCCACAAUCAGCAUCAGCACCCCGUUCCAGUGCAGCACCAGAUCCUACUCCACCACCAGCUCCAACUCCAGCAUCAGCAACAGCAACAGCAUCUGCACCAGCCCGUUCCCACUUCGGUAAUGUUGCGCGAGUUUAAUAUCAUUGAGAAUCCGACUCCCGGUGGCCGGCAUCCGAAAAUGGAGCAGCUGCCGCCGCAUCACGGCAGCCUCGACCUAACCGGGAUGGGAAUGGGCAUGGGAAUGGGCACGGGCAUGGGUAUGGGAAUGGGUGUGGGUGUGGGUGUCGGAGCUGGCGUGCUCAACGGCGGCGGCGACUGCUUCAUGAUGCCACGGCGAGAUCGAGAUCGAGAUCGCACUUAUGCGCCGCCCUUAAACCAGCAUGGCCAUUAUCCACCACCGCAUCACCUCCAUUCGAAUCUGAAUUUGAAUCAUAAUCAGAAUCAGAAUCAGAAUCAGAGCCAGACUCAAAGCCAGAAUCAGAACCUGAACCAGAACCAGCAUCCGCCAUCGUUCACCAGCCUGGGCUAUGGCCACUGCCGGGAGAGCGAGCCGCUAUUGCAUGCCAGCAGCGUCGCACCGGUAGCCAAGAUCAUGCCCAUGCAGCAUGCGCCAAAGUACGAGCCACCACGUUACACUUCUCCCCACACCGUGUUGUCGCACCAGCAGCAGCAUCAGCAGCAACAGCAGCAACAGCAGCAACAGCAGCAGCAUCAUCCUGUCCAGGAUCAGCAGCAACAGGCACAUCCCGCCCAGCAGUACGCCAUGUAUUCGCAGCAGCCGCAGCUGCCGCCGAAACCGGCGCUGAGGACGUACAUGAAGCCGCUGCCGAAGCUGCCGGCCGCCGAUCUGGAGGAGAGCAGGGAGAUGUCCUCGACGGACGACCUCAGCUCGCGCCCGCACUCGCCGUCGAUGAGCAGCUCGGAUGAGAGUUACUCGAAGACCACCGAGGGCGAGGGCGAAGGCGACGAGGAUUCGCCGCGCAUCCCCAAUGGUGGCGGCCAUCAUCUGCACCGCAAUGGUUACCACUUGCCCUCCGGUCUGGUCAAUCCGCUGCAGUGGCUCUAUCCCUGCGACAUUCAGGUGGAUCCCACCUCGCCGGUCGUCGACAUGGCCGCCCAGCUGACCAGCCACGACUUCGAGCUGAGCUCCACCACCGAGAGCCAGGGUCAGCACACCACCAGCAACACCACGAGCAACACGCAACACAAGGGCGACAGCUGCAACAGCUUUGACUACCAAAAGGCAGCCGCCGCCGGAACGGGCGUCGGCGUGGGCGUGGCCGUGCCCAUUGCCACCAAGUCGCCCUUUGAGCGGGAACUGCAGCGCCUGCUCAACGAAUCGUCGAGAGCCCGUUGUUUGGCGACCACGACGGGAACGGCAACGGCAACGGCGACGGCCAUCUCCACCACGGAUCACACGGCCAGCAAUGGCAGUCGCGAGAUGAGCUACUCCCUUAGCAAUGGCAAACUCAGCUCCGCCAAUGGGCAUGGAUCCGGGUCGGGAUCGGGUUCGGGUUCGGGAUCGGGAUCGGGCUCAGGAUCGGCGGCGGGCAACGGCUGCGGCGGCAGCGGCGGCAGCGGCAGCAGCAAUGGCAAUCUCAGCGGCGGCAGCGGCAGCAAUUCGAACAGUGGCAACAACAACAGCAGUCACCACAAGGCGGACCAGCAGCAGCAACAAGUGGACCACGAGCUGCUCCAUUCCGGUGGCAAAUUGCCGGGCAGCAACAGCUUCAUGAUCGCCAAGCACCCGGUGGGCUUGGAGGCCAUCAAGGAGAUAACGCGCAACAAGAAUCCAUCGGAGUCAAGCCAAAUGCAAACCUCGGACACGGAAUCCUGCGAGAUCCUGCACGAGAAUCGCAGCCAGAUGCAUGUGCUGGCCAUGCUGGACAUGCACCCGUCGAAGGAGCUGAACGGCAGUCAUGUGCACCCAGUGCAGCAUCCCCAGCAGCAGCAGCAGCAUCAACAUCCACAUCCACAUCCACAGCAGAGGGCGCAUCGCCAGCGACCGCGCUCCAAGGAGCUGCAGUACAGCCACGAGAGCCUGGACGGACUGGAUGGAGCGGUGCAGUCGCAGUCGCAGCAGCGCCACCAACGCUACCACCAUCACCACCACCACCAUCACCACCAGCAUCACCAACAGAGGCAGCUGCAGCAGCAGCAGCAACAACAGCAGCGGUACAACCAUGUGCAGGAGCAGGAGGAGCGUGACGACACCGAGGACAACCUGGCCGACGAGGAGUUUGAGGAUGAUGAGGUGGGACACGAUGUGCGACAGAGGCGCCUUCAAAAGCCGGACCUCAGUCACAAAAGGACGGAAGCUGGAGCAGAUGCGCAGCAUGAGGGGGAUGAGGACGACGAUGAUGAUCAGGAUGAGGAGGAGGAGGAGGAGGACAACCAUCGGGACGGAGGGCACAGGGAAGCGGCGCCGCUAACGAAUGGCAGCAUGCGCGGCUUGGAGGCCAAUGUGAUAAACGACGAGCUAAAGUACGGAGCGGCCCAUCUCAACCACCAGUCCAUGGACUCCAAUCCGUUGGAGAGCCAGUCGGAGUGGUCGGACGACGAUUGCCGUGAGGAAGCGACAGGUGGAGCCGAGUCAACGGGAUACAUCACCGAUGAGCCCGGACUGGAGAACAUCUCGCUGCUGAACGAAGCCGGCCUCACCGAUGCCGAGGGCGCCCUCUCGGACGUUAACUCGCUGUAUAACGCGCCGGACGUGGACGACACCUCGGUGUCCAGCCGGGCCAGCUCCCGCCUGCUCAGCCUGGACUCGCUGAGCGGCCUCUACGACUGCGACCUGGACUCCAAGCACGAGCUGGCCAUUGUCAAUGCCUCGCACAAGAUCUCCAGCAAAUUUGGACAGCCUCCCUCGCCGGCACAGCAACAUCAGCAGCAGCAGCAGCAGUCUCAAUCCCAAAUACAAACCCAAUCGCAUUUGGCAUCGAUAAAGGUUCAAUCAGCCGAGGAGCUGAGAGAGUAAAGAUUGAAAGCUUAUGCAAGAAGAGGGAGCGUUAAACACUCAAACGUUGUUAUUGCUAUAUGCAAAUGGUGUCUAAUAAUUUACAAAAAACCAACCUAAACUAAAGUAAACUAAAUCUAGAAUAGGUGACAGAUAUAUAUAUAUAUAUAGCAGAGGCACUUAAAGCUGCUCUAUGGCACCCUUAAAUGUAAGCCCGUUCGCUUAACUGUGGCUAAAUCGUGCCCAGUAGAUAUUAACUCAUAUAUACCUAUAUAGUAUAUAGUUUAUGCAAAAAAAUCUAUAUAUGUAUUGAGAGUAAACACGUAGUCAUUGGUUACUUGUCGCCAAUUGGCAAGUUAUGCGUUCCAGUUACUAUACCGCGUGAAUAAUUAAAAAAAUCGAAAUUAAAAUUGAUAUUUAGCCGCAACUUCAGAUACCCAAUGCUAAUCCCAUGAAUUCGUCAUUUAGUGCGCUUAGUCCUCCUAAGGACUUAUUUGCGGCAGGGCAACGCAGCUAGACGUCCCCUGUCCAGUCCCUUAAGUUAUUAAUGUACGAAUAUAUAUAUGUGUAUAUGUGUCAUUUUGAUAAUCGAAUAAGCAAAGAUUUGGCCAUUCAUACGAAGCCACAACCAAUGCAUGACAAGCUGUAAAUAAAACAAAAUGUUAUAAAUAUUUUUCCGAUAUUAUUGUAAGGCUAAAUUGGCCAUAGACUGCGCCACCAUGAAUUCGAAUUUUGAAUUGAAAUUGAAAUCGAAACCGAAACCGAAAAAUCUCAUCGAUUGAGACCAAGUAAUUCGGAUAAUCAUAUUAAAGUCCUACGUGAAAAAUA